CUCAGUACCUGGAAGGUUUAUCCUGAAGGGGAAGCUAAGUACCCAAGCGGUUUUUUAACAGUUUCUUAAGGCUUUUAAGACCCGUUCCGUCGAUAUUCUCUUUUUUUUAUCGAUUAUUGAAUAUUGCUUCGUGAUCGCGGAAUUCGGGAGUGCCGUGAAAAAUGUCGUCCGUUUAUUCUCAUUGUGUCGCGGAUAGUUCGUCGCGUCUUAAAAUCGGGAGUGCCGUACAAAGUGUUACGUGCGUACGUUUUUAUCGUGCCGCAGAUUCGCGCGCGAUCGUCAUUAUCGUUUUUUCGUAAGUAGAUGCAGUGCAUGAACGUAACGAACUAUUUAUCCGACAACCUGAGAGGAAAAGGAAGAAGCCUGGGGAAGCAUUGGACGAUAGCGGAGAGCAGCCAUGGGAUAAUCCUGCAAUUCCUCCAUAAAAGAGAUCAUGAACAUAAAAGAACGAUCGUGAGGGAGAGAGAAGAGGAUCCGCGAGACCACAAGAGGAGCAUAGGGCUCGCCGACCGUCUGGUGGGCGGACGACAGCCUGCAGCAAAGCACAAGAGAUCGCUGCCUUCCGCCAAGGACAAUCGCGCUCUUCCUUCCUCCUCGCUUCUGCGCGUAUCCUCGAUGCCCCAGCCGGAUGGUUAUUCCCUCUUGAAAAAGAGAUUAAAAUUGCUUACUCUCAAUUGCACAAAUUGA